AGGUCCAUGCAAGGCAGGAUCACGGCACAAGCGUUCAGUUUUGACCAGCAGUUUAAGCCCUAUCAGAAGGAUGAAUUUGUUAUGGCAUUUUUUAAUGAUCAAAAUGUGAAUUCCAGUUUAAAGUUGCUCUCAUCUUCAGGACAAUGGACUACAUUGGGUUCCAAAGUGACAAAAAUUGAAGCUACAGUGGUGCCCUGUACACAGAUUUCCAUGUCAUUUUUUGAUCGGCUGUACUCUGAAGGAGUUGUUAGAGAAACUGGAGAUAUCGUGAAAUGUUAUGAUGAAUAUUACAAUGAUAUUCUCAUCUCUGAUGAAUUAAGGAAGGUCUUGCUUCUGGAAGAUUCAGACCAUUAUGACUUAUUCAGUCAAUUGGAUCGCAAGGAAUUUCUCUUCUGUCUUUUUAAGCAUCUUUGCAUUGGAGGAACUCUUUGCCAGUUUGAAGAUGUAGUUGGCCCAUACUUAGAAACUACCAAAGCUUUAUAUAAAGACUUGGUGAGUGUUCAAAAGAAUCCUGAAACAAAAGAAAUAUGCAUUAUUUCUACAGUCUUCAGAGUGUCUGCAUAUGAUGAUAACGGCCUGUGUUACCCUUCAAGCAAGAGCCACGAACAGACUUUUGCGUACUUGAUUGUGGAUCCCUGCAAGCGACACGUGCACACCCUGUAUCACUGUUUUGGUGAAAGCUUCUUUAGCAACUAG